AUGUUGCUAUAUCCACCAAAGAACAUCACAGUGUCCAUCAGUCCAUCUGGUGUAAUAGUGGAGGGAGAUUCAGUGACUCUGAUCUGCAGCAGUGACUCAAACCCUCCUGCAGACAUCAACUGGUUUAAAGGAAGAACGUUUGUAGGAUCUGGAAGAAACUACAGCAUCUCAAAGAGCAGCUCUAAUCACAGUGGAGAAUACAAGUGCAAGUCCAUCAAUGAACAUGGAGUGAAAUACUCUGAUGCUGUGAUUUUAAAUGUUGCGUAUCCACCAAAGAACGUCUCAGUGUCCAUCAGUCCAUCUGGUGUAAUAGUGGAGGGAGAUUCAGUGACUCUGAGCUGCAGCAGUGAUUCAAACCCACCUGCAGAAAUCAGCUGGUUUAAAGGAGGAACGUUUGUAGGAUCUGGAAGAAUCUACAACAUCUCAAACAUCAGAUCUGAUCACAGUGGAGAAUACAAGUGCAAGUCCAGAAAUAAACAUGGAGAGAAAGACUCUGAUGCUUUGAUGCUGAAUGUGACGUAUGCUCCAAGAAAUGCUGUGGUGUCCAUCAUCAGUCCAUCUGGUGUAAUAGUGGAGGGAGAUUCAGUGACUCUGAUCUGCAGCAGUGACUCAAACCCACCUGCAGAAAUCAGCUGGUUUAAAGGAAGAAUGAUAGUAGGAUCUGGAAGAAUCUACAACAUCUCAAAUAUUAGGUCUAAUCAAAGUAAAGAAUACUCAUGCAAGUCCAGAAAUAAACAUGGCGAGAAAGAGUCUGAUACAGUGAUGCUGAAUGUGACAUAUGCUCCAAGAAAUGUAAUGGUGUCCAUCAGUCCAUCUGGUGAAAUAGUGGAGGGAGAUUCAGUGACUCUGAGCUGCAGCAGUGAUUCAAACCCUCCUGCAGAAAUCAGCUGGUUUAAAGAAGGAACGUUUGUAGGAUCUGGAAGAAUCUACAACAUCUCAAACAUCAGAUCUAAUAACAGUGGGGAAUACAAGUGCAAGUCCAAAAAUAAACAUGGAGAGAAAGACUCUAAAACGGUGAUGCUGAAUGUGACGUAUGCUCCAAGAAAUGCUGUGGUGUCCAUCAUCAGUCCAUCUGGUGUAAUAGUGGAGGGAGAUUCAGUGACUCUGAUCUGCAGCAGUGAUUCAAACCCUCCUCCAGAAAUCAGCUGGUUUAAAGAAAGAACGUUUGUAGGAUCUGGAAGAAUCUACAACAUCUCAAACAUCAGAUCUAAUAACAGUGGGGAAUACAAGUGCAAGUCCAAAAAUAAACAUGGAGAGAAAGACUCUAAAACGGUGAUGCUGAAUGUGACGUAUGCUCCAAGAAAUGCUGUGGUGUCCAUCAUCAGUCCAUCUGGUGUAAUAGUGGAGGGAGAUUCAGUGACUCUGAUCUGCAGCAGUGACUCAAACCCACCUGCAGAAAUCAGCUGGUUUAAAGGAAGAAUGAUAGUAGGAUCUGGAAGAAUCUACAACAUCUCAAAUAUUAGGUCUAAUCAAAGUAAAGAAUACUCAUGCAAGUCCAGAAAUAAACAUGGCGAGAAAGAGUCUGAUACAGUGAUGCUGAAUGUGACAUAUGCUCCAAGAAAUGUAAUGGUGUCCAUCAGUCCAUCUGGUGAAAUAGUGGAGGGAGAUUCAGUGACUCUGAGCUGCAGCAGUGAUUCAAACCCUCCUGCAGAAAUCAUCUGGUUUAAAGAAGGAACGUUUGUAGGAUCUGGAAGAAUCUACAACAUCUCAAACAUCAGAUCUAAUAACAGUGGGGAAUACAAGUGCAAGUCCAAAAAUAAACAUGGAGAGAAAGACUCUAAAACGGUGAUGCUGAAUGUGACGUAUGCUCCAAGAAAUGCUGUGGUGUCCAUCAUCAGUCCAUCUGGUGUAAUAGUGGAGGGAGAUUCAGUGACUCUGAUCUGCAGCAGUGACUCAAACCCACCUCCAGAAAUCAGCUGGUUUAAAGGAAGAAUGAUAGUAGGAUCUGGAAGAAUCUACAACAUCUCAAAUAUUAGGUCUAAUAAAAGUAAAGAAUACUCAUGCAAGUCUAGAAAUAAACAUGGCGAGAAAGAGUCUGAUACAGUGAUGCUGAAUGUGACAUAUGCUCCAAGAAAUUUAAUGGUGUCCAUCAUCAGUCCAUCUGGUGUAAUAGUGGAGGGAGAUUCAGUGACUCUGAGCUGCAGCAGUGAUUCAAACCCACCUGCAGAAAUGAGCUGGUUUAAAGGAGGAACAUUUGUAGGAUCUGGAAGAAUCUACAACAUCUCAAACAUCAGCUCUGAUCACAGCGGAGAAUACAAGUGCAAGUCCAGCAAUAAACAUGGAGAGAAAUACUCUGAUGCUUUGAUGCUGAAUGUGACGUAUGCUCCAAGAAAUUUAAUGGUGUCCAUCAUCAGUCCAUCUGGUGUAAUAGUGGAGGGAGAUCCAGUGACUCUGAUCUGCAGCAGUGAUUCAAACCCUCCUGCAGAAAUCAGCUGGUUUAAAAGAGGAACGUUUGUAGGAUCUGGAAGAAUCUACAACAUCUCAAACAUCAGCUCUGAUCACAGCGGAGAAUACAAGUGCAAGUCCAGCAAUAAACACGGAGAGAAAGACUCUGAUACAGUGACUUUAAAUGUCAUGUAUGCAACAAAGGCCACAUCAAUGUCCAUCAGUUCACCUGCAGAGAUACAAACAGAUGCUCCAAAAAAUAUAAUGGUGUCCACCAGUCCAAUAGUGGAGGGAGAAUCAGUGACUCAUAAACAUGUAGAGAAAUACUCUAAUGCAGUGCCUUUAAAUGUCAUGUACCCUCCAAAAAAUGUCUCAGUGUACAUAAAUGGAUCAGGUGAAACAGUGGAAGGAGAUUCAGUGACUCUGAUCUGCAGCAGUGAAUCAAACCCUCCUGCUCUGAACUUCAGCUGGUUUCAGGAGAAUCAAAGCUCCUCUGUUGGAUCUGGACAGAGUUUCAGUGCACUACAGAGUGGACGCUUCUACUGUGAAGCUCACAAUCAACAUGGAUCUCAGAGAUCAGAUGCUGUUACUGUCACUGUUAAAGAGCAUCACGGAUCCCGUUGGCAUGAAGUUUUUGGGAUCACAGUGGAAUGUGGAGUAUCAUUCAUCAUUGUUACCAUCACUAUCAUUAUCAUCAUGUUCAUAAUAAAGAAACUAAGGAGUUUUAAAUAUGAAUACAUCACAAUGACACAGAUCUCUGAAUCCAGUGAAGACACAUACAGACUUCUUGAGCUCCAGUCCACGACCUCUGAUCUGUAUGGCACACUCACAACCCUUCAUCCCAGACCUCUUGAAGGCUCAUGUACAACAGCUUUAUAAUGAAAUCGAUUAACUUAAUUUAGUCUGUCUUCAUGUUAUUGACUGUUCAGAUCAACAGGAAGAUGCUGCUUGUAAGAGGUGGAGCACAAAGUGUUAAUACUGAGCUCUGUGGGCAGAGCCACUUAUGACUGAGGGGGAUCACUGAGUUUCUUCAGUUUUUUAUUUCUUUAUGGUUUCAGGAGCAUUAUUCAGAGGUGGGUAAUCCAGGCACCAAAGAGUAAAAGUCUUGCCAUAUUUUUGCUCCACCCAUUAACUCAGCAGAUGAUUUCACCAGAGGAGGAACCAAGUCAUUCUUUCCAAAUCAAAUUUUCUUCUAAGCAAUUGCAUUAAUGUUUUACAGUAAACAUUUGUGCACUGCUGAUACAAAUCUUGAUUUAGCAGAUAACAUGCUUUUGAUGCCUGAAUGAUCUUGAUUUUAAUUUCUUGAUUUUACUUUUAAAUAAAAUAAUUCAUGGCUUAGUGAUUAGAGAGAACUGCUGUCUCUUGGGUUAAAUGCAGAGUACGAAUUCUGAGUUUGGGUCACCAUACUUAACUGUAUGUCACUUUCACAAAAAAGAGAAAAAUCUCAUUAAAUAAAUGCCACCAUAAUGCUUCAAUAUUAAAAAAAUUAUAUAUAAAAAAAACACAGUUUGGGAUUAGUCAUUUAACCAUGACCAUUUAUCAUAUGAUCCUCAACAGUGGUGAAAAUAAUUAUUCAUACUGCAGUUCAUUAUGGGAGUCUUUCAUGUAUUGCACAUGAAGCAUUUUGUUGAUUGUCACCAUUGUAGAUAUUCAUAUGCUGGUUCUUGACAUCUGUGUGUGUCUAAAAAGCAAGCACUGGAGUUUAGAUUUAUUUAUGUGUUACAAAAAUUUAAAAUUAACUUCCUGUAAGUAUUAGAACAAUGUUCUUUUUGUGCAUGCUGUAGCUACACUGGGAUUAUUCAAAACCUAAAUAUGUAAAAAAAAAUAAAAACACUAUUUGAGAUAUAUUAAAACAGCUCAUUGUGACUAUAUGUUCUGCCUAUAUCAUUGGUGUCUCUUCUCCCCAACAUCACAUGCAGAGCUACAAAGAGAGAUCUGACAAAACACCUUAAGGGUCAAGAGCACAACUAAACCAAACACUGAUCUCCAUGAUGGUGACAUCAUUUUAACCAAUAAAACAUCAACAUCUGAUCCUCUGUAAUUCUCAAUAACAGCAGGUGUUAAUCAUUAAUGCACAAUCACCAUUUAAUUAGUCACUUAAUUAUCUCAUUAACUUUAACUUUUUGAGGACUUGGGAUUUAACUCAAGACUAGUUUGUGACUUGGAAGGAAUGACUUGGUUUCUCCUCUGAUGAUAUCAGCUGCUGACUUUAUGGGUGGAGCAAAAAUAUGGCAGGACUUUUACUCUUUGGCCCCUGGAUUACCCACCUCUGGCAUUAUUUAACAAUGAAAUUAAAACAAUGUAAAAAGCAGGUGGAUCAUUAUUUUGUAUGAAUAUUAAUGUUGUGGGAUACAAGCUCUUUGGUUUCUCAUUAUACAGCAUUAUGCAUUUAAGUCAUAUUUGAUCAUUUUAUCCUGAAAUACUGAAGAAAAUUAAUAUUAUGCACCUUCACAAUGGACAGUGUAUCAUUAUAUGGCUUCAAAGUGCUCAAUAUUAUCAGUUUAUGUUAUAUUUUAUGCAACUUUACCUUUAAGGGAGUCAGUUUUAUUUUGAUCGUCUUGUAUGGGUUUGUUUAAACACUCAAACUACCAUCAGAGGGCACCAUCACCUGCUCCUGACAUCAACACUGUUGUGCAUCAGCUGUAAAUCACAACUGCAUGUUCUACAAAUAUUUAGAUCAUAAAAUUUAUAUUUUAAAAAACA